AUGGCAAAUGACUGUCACUCAGCUGACGCCUACGUCGACGGCGGCGUCGCCACCGCCGGAGAAAGCUUCGCGGCAGUUCCAGGAGACAGCGGCGGCCGAGAGAGCAAGCAACCGAUCGACCGAGUCAAAGGACCGUGGUCGCGUGACGAGGACGAAAUGCUGAGCCGACUCGUGAGUAGCUUCGGUGCCCGCAAUUGGAGCCUCAUAGCGCGAGGAAUCCCCGGACGAUCUGGGAAAUCGUGCCGCCUCCGGUGGUGUAAUCAGCUUGAUCCCGCCGUUGAGCGCAAACCCUUUACUGAUGAAGAAGAACGCAUCAUACUUGAAGCUCACACCAUCCACGGCAAUAAGUGGGCGUCGAUAGCAAAGCUGUUACCCGGGAGAACAGACAAUGCCAUAAAAAACCAUUGGAACUCUUCAUUGAGGCGUAGGGGAAUGAACCCUAGGAAGCCCAAGUCAAAAAUCACUAAUCUUUCGGACGAAAAAAGCAUCGAAAAAUCAAAGGCAUCGUCCGAAGAAACACCGUCUUGUGGAGAUGCAAACUCUUUCAAAUCCAGUGAAGGAAAGGACAUCACCUCUUUCGAACGAGCAGACGUUAAUAAAAAUCAUCAAGCGAAAUCGACAGUUUUACGUCCGGUUGCUCGGGUCAGUGCCUUUACCGUUUAUAAUCAAAUGGAUACUAAUGUAGCAGAAAAUAAUAUAAGCCCAUCUCCUAACAUGGUUCCUUUAGAAACCCCAUUUGUCCAAAACUUGAGCCCGGAUAUGAAAAUUCGUAAAUUGCUCGAAGGAAGCUACAAUAAUGACCUAAUUGUCCCUUACCGAUGUGGCCAUGGCUGCUGUGAGAAUUGGCCGGAGGCCAGUUCGUUGCUCGGGCCUGAAUUUAUUGACUACACAGAGCCGCCGUUUUUCACGAGCCAUGAACUGGCUGCAUUAGCAGCAGACAUAAGCAAUGUUGCCUGGUCUAAAAGUGGAAUAGGAAGCAGCAGCAUUAAAGCAAUGAACAACAAUGAGGCCUGUGGGUUUUCAUGUGAUGGUGGAAAUCAGCAAACGGGACACUUGGAGGACAGUGGAGAGAAUGAUCACUCGUCCAGCUUUGAAAUCGGGAAAAGUGAGCUAACGAGCAACUAA